AAACUCGUUCAAAAUAGAACAAACAAGCAAAUGAAUGCAGACAUAAAGCAUCUGCAUGAGCUGCCGCUGUGUUUCUUAUGAAAGGAGGCGAGAUGUCGAGGCCUCCGUCCUCCCAGACUACCCCUACGUCGUACAGGGUCAGCGACAGAGACCUCACCGAGAUCGAGCUACAUUCUGUGGAUUCUAUCAACGAUCUCCACCGAACACACCCCGAACUCAGCCACAAAGGGAUAAGGCCUCCCGUCCCGCCUUCCCCCUCCUCAAAUGGGAAUCUCUACACAAUUGACAUGACAACUGUCAAUCAAAGAGGCCGUCCGGUCAGCAGCAAAUGGCAGAGUCGUCUCCAGGAUAUGCUCACACCCAGCUCAUCACAUGCCUACGCCAUGGGCUGUGCUAUCAUCACUCUGCUUCUGAUCACAGUGUUACUCAUCUUCUACUUUUUGGUCCAGCAGGGCGGCGCAGUCCGGAUGCUGACGGAGGCAGUAAAGGAGAAAGAGGCAGCAGCCAGGCAGCUGUCACAGCUGAUCCAGGAACUGCAGGCACUGAGACACAACCUGACAGCCCUGAGAGGAGAGACAUGAUGUGCCCAGAAGAUGUUAUCUGUGUGAACUGGUAUCUGAUGAAAACAUUUAAAGUUUCUGAAAACAUUUCCCCUCUCUCCUGCUCUGGUAACUGUAUGAAAAGGAGUAUAUCUCAUAACAUUACCUUCAAUUAUACACAAGUUCUUAGCAAACUGAUGAUUCAGUGUUAUUGUUACUGUGUCACACAGAGCUGUCUCUAGUGCAUGCUGUCAGUCAGACGUUGUUACUGAGAGAGUAACACGUGUAGCAACACAGUGAAAACGUAGUGGACUGACAAAAAGUCAAACUCUUCAGCUCUUUUUUUAUUUAGACAAGGUUACGUUGAUGACUCCAACCACUGAUUUUAGCACAUGAUCCAAAAUAUGUAACUGCCAUUUACUUAACAGUCCAUAAAAUGUGUGUAAUUAUAUCGUAAUUAUUACAAAUCUUUUUUCAGUUUUUCUGAUUUUUCUCAGAGAAUCACAUCUUUUAAAAGGAGCAGAAAGAGUUUAAACUGAAUUCCGCCCACAUUGUAUUUCUACAUUUAGUUGUUUCCCGCUGCAGAAAGUGCACAGCAGUUAAAACGAGUAAAAAAGUAAAAACAAUUCAGAGAAAAUAAAUGAUUUGCUGUUGGAGAAUGUUAAAUAAAUAAUA